CGCCGCCCCGAAGUGACUUCUCCAAAAAAGUGUCUUAGUUGGCGGUCACCUGAGCGACCGGAGUGGCUGCCGGCAGAACCGGGCCCCUUCCUUCCGCGGCUCCCUCCCGGACCCCGCGCGCUCUCUGCUCCCGCGCCGCCCCCCCGCCCCCCGGGCCGCCCUCCCGAGACGUCCUGCGCGUCUGCCCUCUUCGUGUGUCCUUUCCGAGUCUCGGGCCGAACCGGGCCGCCCGGGCGCCGUCGCUGACCAUGGCGUCCCUCUUCAAGAAGAAGACCGUGGAUGAUGUAAUAAAGGAACAAAAUCGAGAGUUACGAGGUACACAGAGGGCUAUUAUUAGAGAUCGAGCAGCUUUGGAGAAAGAAGAAAAACAACUGGAAUUAGAAAUUAAGAAAAUGGCUAAGAUUGGUAAUAAAGAAGCUUGCAGAGUUUUAGCCAAGCAGCUUGUACAUCUACGAAAACAGAAGACUAGAACGUUUGCCGUAAGUUCAAAAGUCACGUCUAUGUCCACACAAACAAAAGUGAUGAAUUCCCAGAUGAAGAUGGCUGGAGCAAUGUCUACCACAGCAAAAACAAUGCAGGCAGUUAACAAGAAGAUGGAUCCUCAAAAGACAUUACAAACAAUGCAGAAUUUUCAGAAGGAGAACAUGAAAAUGGAAAUGACUGAGGAAAUGAUCAAUGACACACUUGAUGACAUCUUUGAUGGCUCUGAUGAUGAAGAAGAAAGUCAAGAUAUUGUGAACCAAGUUCUUGAUGAAAUUGGAAUUGAAAUCUCUGGAAGGAUGGCCAAAGCUCCAUCAGCUGCCCGAAGCUUACCAUCAGCCUCAACUUCAAAGACUACAAUCUCUGAUGAAGAGAUUGAACGGCAGCUCAAAGCCUUAGGAGUGGAUUAGUUUUUUUAAAAAAGUAUUUUUAUUAUUUGCAAUUAUUUAGGAUAAAGCAAACAUAGUACAGAUUCUUUUUACAAAACAUUUUGCAGAAAUGGUGAAUGAGACCAUAAGUAAGCAGUUGUUUCCUAACCCAUGGCUAUUUUGAAUCUCCUGCCAAAGAAUAUCAAUGAUGCAAAAUUGGGAACAAUUUGGAUUUUAAUCAAAACUAUUUAAGAGUUAUGAUUUAUAAAAAGUUAAUUUCUGCAUGGCAUAAAGAAAUUACAUUCAUUACCUAGGGUAUUUAUGUUAUAAAUUUUUUUAUGCUCAAGACAAAAUCUUGUGAAAUGCCAAUAGGCACCAGCUUAGAUGUGUAAAAAUAUUAAAAAGUACAUAAUUAAUUCUGUAUCAGUUGCUUUUCCUUUGUAAGCAUUUAUGUGUUAUGUUCAUAGGCGUUCAGCUGCCAGAUCAUUUUUAAAUGAUCUAAAAGAAGAGUGCUAUUUAAACAUCUGUUUUAAACAAAAGAAAAACUGUUGUGAGCUUUUUUUUUCCUUUGGGAGAACAUUCUAGUUGGUAAUUUUAUUACCUUUUGAAAUGUGCUUGGCACCUGCCUUAAAAAGCACAAACAUAUUGUGCACAUCUUUAGCGUAUUUUAACAGAAAGAAAAGGACUGCAUUUCAGACAAAAAUUGAGACCUCUUAAAAAAAUGAUCCAGGCUGCCUUUGGAAGAGGCUGUAAAAUUGAAUAUAAUUAAAAAAAAUAACAAAAAUUUAUAGUAAUAAAGUGAUAUAUUUUAAUCUUCUAAGAUUGACAAAAUUUUCCUAUGAAUUAUGAUUAAAUAUAUUUUCAACCAUAUUAAGUAUGUAUUUAACACUCUUAAAUUUAAACUAUCAUUCUCAAGUAACACUUCUGUGACAAUACUCAGCUUAGAUUUUAAAACAAAAGAAAGCACUUUUUUCUUGGUAUGUAAGCUACAACUUUGUCAGCAGUUAUUGCCUAUGUGUAUUAAUGUAUUAGCAGUACUCUUAAAAGUUGCUGUUGCUGUUACUGUGUUAUUUAAUGUACAUAUGGAGAGUGAGAGAUACUGAAAAUAGCAUAUUAGAGAUAGAAUUUAGAGUUAGGUUUGUUUUGAAAAAUGACAUUGUGAUAUCUGGGUUCCAGCACAUUCUACCAUGAACGCUCUGAAGAUCAGAUAAGAUAUAACCAUGUCAGCUUAGUAUGGUGGACAUUUUAUAUCAAUAUUGACAAGCGAAAUUUAUUUUAGAUCUAGUGCCAUAUGAAUUGGUGAGAAGAAUGAAAAGUUAAAUUUACAUUUUAAUCCAUAAACUAUUUUAUGUUUACUGAUUAAAUUUCAUUAUAGUAGUAUUAAAAUACAAUCUUCCUGAAUGUUGGUGGGUCAAAACAUUGUACUCGACUGUGGAAUGUUAACCCAGAUCAUGCUUUUAUCUUUGGAUGUACAUAAUAUUGCCAACUAACUUUAUUUACUUUAUUGUUUACAUGAGGGGACUUUUGUUUUUAAAAAAGUAUUUUGUUAAAAAUAUCCCAAUAAAGAUUUAUUGCUAUUA